CUCAAGAUGGAUACUACUAGAAACGAUGACUUCACAUUCUCAAAGGUUGUGCCACCGGGUAGUGAAGUUGUUCAAGAGGCAAAAGAUCUUGCAUCACAUGUAGACGGUAUUGCCCUUAAAGAUGGAUUAGAUGCUCAAAGCAAGUCUCCGAAUCAAGUUUCUCCAAAUGAAAAGACAGUAGGUUCUUUGUCUUUCACGGUGAUUGAUUCUUCAUCUUCAAAGCUGUCCAAUGAACCAUCUGAGAUUCUCAAAGCUUCAGCUAGAAAGCCCAUAACUCGUACCAAAGUUCCAUUUGAAAAGGGUUAUAGCCAAAUGGAUUGGCUGAAACUUACACGAACACAUCCCGAUCUUGCAGGCCUGAAGGGAGAGUCGAACAGGAGGCUUAUAUCGAUGGAUGAAGUCAAGAAGCACAAAUCAGGAGAUUCAAUGUGGACUGUUUUGAAAGGCCGUGUGUACAACAUAUCUCCUUACAUGAAAUUUCAUCCCGGAGGUGUCGAUAUGCUGAUGAAAGCCGUUGGGAGAGACGGUACGCUCUUGUUCAACAAAUACCAUGCUUGGGUCAAUUUUGAUAUCUUACUUGAGAAAUGCCUCGUUGGAGUUUUGGAUGACACCAAGGUGAAGAAGUAA